GCCCCACACCCAUCAAGUCAUCAACUUUAUUAAACAUCUCAUUUCAAAAACAAUCUGCAAUAAUCGCACAGGCCCUUCAAUGAGAAGAGAAACCAUCUGAAAAAUAUCAAACAUCUCUAAUUCUAGUUUCCGUACAGAGUUGAAAAUGGACGAUUAUACAAGAGAAAUGAUGGACCUCAAAACCCUCGUCACCCGAACCCUAGAGAAGAAAGGCGUCCUUGCCAAGAUCCGAGCUGAACUUAGAGCAAGCGUUUUUGAGGCGAUAGAAGAGGAGGAUAGGGCAAUUGAGAAGGAUGAAGCCUUGCCUCCUGCACUACUGGGUAGCUGCAAUGAGCGCGCAAAACAACUCCAUAAUUCCCCUUCAGGAAGGCUACUAACUGCACUGAUAUGUGAAUAUUUUGACUGGGCUCAACUAAACCACACACUUAAAGUUUAUUUGCCAGAGUGUAAUUUGCCAAAGGAUUCUUGGAAAUCAGAGCUAAAAGAAUUUAGCAGCAAGAAUGGAUAUGAUCUUAACAGGAAUGGGGAUAGUGGUCCAUUGCUUUUGGAUGUUCUCGAAGGAUUUUUGAAGUAUGAGAACUUAUCUCAAGGAAGGGGUGCUGGGAGGAGAUUGACAAUAGCAGAUGCUGAAUCUCUUUCCAAUGUAGAAACAAGGAACAUGAGGAGGCCUUCUUCAUCUUCAGUUGCUGGGGGCUUACCUCCAUUGGGAAGGCCAGGUCCUGCUGCCCAGUCAUCUGAUAGAAGAGCAGGUUCGUCAAUACCUGGGUACAGGAAGGAUGAAUACAAUUGGAGAUAUGACAACGAUGAACUUGCAGAAGAUGUAAGUCGUGCUUCAUCUGCCUUGGAAAACCUUCAGUUGGACAGAAAAGCUCGGAACCUUACAACUUCCUGGCGGCAUGGAGGGGAUGGCAUGUCCGAGGAAGAUGGCAGGGUAGAAUAGGAGGUGUUGGCAAAAUGUUCUCCAGAUCUCCAAAUCUGAGAAUUGAUGUUAUCUUAAACCAUUGAAAUUCUAUUUUGUGUAAUGGGCAGUGAUGUUUCUUAUGAUUGAAAUACGGUAUAUUGCUUUUAGUAAAUUGAUGAGGUUUUUCCCUUCUU